UCGACAAUCUUCUUGACCUGUUCAAGCUCGCCGCGAAUCCCAGCUCCAGAGAGUUCCCAAUUCAGCACUUCUCGCUCAAUCCACUGCAUCCGCUUUGAUCUCCGCCAUGAGAAGAGCAUCCGUUCUCGCCUCCUCCGCCCUCUACCGAGCUCUCAUUCCCGUCCACGACGGCUCUGCCGUUCUCCAGAGCAGGCUCAUACAGUCCGCCUUGUAUGGAACCAUCCCUACCGCCGGAGCCUCCUCUCGCCGUCGGUGGAUUUCUUCCGGCGCCUAUGCGAGGCUUGGAUCUAUGGCGCUCGCCGGAGCCCUGGCAUCGGUCGCUGGAGCCACGUCACUGUUUCAGGAGGCGUACGCCAAGGAGCUUCCCCCGGCGGAGCUUCUCCCGAAGGAGGUUGUUCUCUAUCAAUACGAGGCUUGCCCUUUCUGUAACAAGGUCAAAGCAUUCUUGGAUUAUUAUGACAUACCGUACAAAGUUGUGGAGGUCAACCCUAUUAGUAAAAAGGAAAUUAAAUGGUCUGAUUAUAAGAAGGUGCCAAUAUUGAUGGUGGAUGGCGAGCAGCUUGUUGAUUCAUCAGAUAUAAUUGAUAAGCUGGGCAGCAAGAUUCUUCCUGGGAAAUCCUUCCAUUCAAUCCCUGAUGAUAAUGAAGAGAAAAAGUGGCGCAGGUGGGUCGACAAUCAUUUGGUGCAUGUUCUAUCUCCAAAUAUCUACAGGAAUACUUCUGAGGCUUUGGAGUCCUUUGACUAUAUAACCAGCAAUGGUAAUUUUGGCUUCACAGAGAAACUCACCGUGAAGUAUGCUGGAGCUGCUGCCAUGUAUUUUGUGUCGAAGAAUCUGAAGAAGAAAUAUAACAUUACUGAUGAACGUGCGGCCUUGUAUGAAGCUGCAGAAACUUGGGUGGAUGCACUCAAUGGGCGGGACUUUCUAGGGGGCUCAAAGCCUAAUUUAGCCGAUCUUGCUGUGUUUGGAGUUUUGAGACCUAUCCGCUAUCUAAGAGCUGGGAGAGACAUGGUGGAGCACACACGAAUUGGUGACUGGUUCUCAAGAAUGGAGACCGUUGUGGGAGAGUCUUCAAGGAUCAAAGCAGCUUAAGUAUAACCAUAUAUAUAUAUGCAGCAGAAGAGACUGUUGAGUGAAAGUUUUGGUCCUCAAAAAGAUCCCUUUUUUAUUUUUUGGUUUUUGGGCUACUAUAAGAUUGGAUAUUAAGAUACUACUAUUAAAAGCCACUGUUUGUUUUGAAUAUUAAUUAUCCUAGAUUUUAAAUAGUGGGGUGGUUUUAGUUGGGCAAUAAAUGUUUGGGAGAAAUUUGUAGAACGGAAAUGAUAUUUCAACAUCCAAAUUUGAUACUUGUAAUGUCGGGAAAUAAGGAGUGAUUAGCAUGGUGAUUGUAAUUUUUUUUAAUUUUAGAUCAUUUUAAAUGACAUGUUAGGUAAUGAGGAAA